GUUAGGUACUCGUUUCCCCCGAGACCAGAACACACGGGUGGUGCCAGAUUGUCAUUACUUAACUUUUUAAAAGUCAAGGACCCAAUAGUUGGAGCUUGAUAAAAAGGGGGGAACUAUAGAAUGGAGCUUCAAGUUCUUAUUGGAACCAGGCCGGAGGGUUCCGAUGUGUUGUUUAGAAGCAACUUUUAGUCCUUGAACCAAAACUACCUAAUGAAGUCAGCUUUAAACUAAACAACGAUUUAGCUCAUUUAAUAGGUAGGUUCUCCUCGAGCAUUUCACUCUGAAAGAAUUUCCCAGAUGAGAUGAGGUGCCCAGCAGUCGCUCUAAAAUACAUAGAUUUUUACGGGCCAGACGAUCUCACAGUGGCGAAACUAGGCGGGCGGCGAUGGGGAGAAUGGUGACACAAGGCGAAAUGUGUAGCCGUUGUCAAUGACCUGCACAUAAAAAUGGCGCAAGGGUUAUGCUUUAGUGCGUGUGUUUUUGCCAGAAAGAAGAGAAUUGGACACAAUCUCCGCUAACCUUGAAGUAUGAAUGAAGUAACAGAAAAACAGACAUCUCAACAAUAGACGAACACAAUAAACUGAUAGUCAUUACUGUCUGAGAAAGGAAAAGUACUGCACUGCGCUCUUUGCAAGAACUCAUAAUGUGGAUCAAUUGACAGCAGUAACCCUAAAGCAGCAUUGAGAAACGUGGGGCUGGUUGUUAAGCCCCAUCAAGUUAGAAGAUUUUCUGCACGACAGGACAAAGCACGACCCAGUCGGAUGCUGUCUUCACAAUCACUGCUGUCUUGGAGCCCAAUGGUGUAAUGACAUGACCGAAUUUGCUUUAAGAUACCCCAUUGCGAGAAGUUGGUAUGGAAGCGAUAAAGCAAGAAUGGAGGAACGGCAGGAGGUGGAAAACUCUUGAAAUUCGGAGGGCACACGCGCUUUGUCGGAUGCUUUUCCAACGUUGUUGACGUCCAAAAGUCUUCACGGUAACCUGUUGACUUCCCUGAGAAAGCCCGUAGCUGCGCGUGUGGUUUGUGAGUGCGUGUAGCCAUCGCACUGAAUUAUGGCACCUCGCUGAAUGGGAAGGAACCUUAUGGCAGCGAGGGACCAGCUGCUAAGCGGAAGUCAGACUCUCCUGGUGGCGUUCGAGGGUCCCAUGCAAUCUGGCUCCGGCCUGAAUCUCUAGCUCAUCUUGCUCCUCUGCGUCCCAAUUACCACACCGGACAGAUGCUUGAGCAGUAUACGUGACAUUCACAUCUGUGAUGCAGUGAAUUAUUUAAUAUGGCUCUUUAAGCCAUUGCUUUGAUAACUCCCUCCAAAUAAAUUUCCCCUGAUGAUCGGUCUGGGUAAGAGAAGGUGGGGGAAGAUGCUGAUAGAAUUAUAUGAUUUAGUUGUGAGUGAUUGUUAACAGAGCUAAUUAUAAUGGUAAAAACUUGGGAUUCUAGUGUGGGAAUAUUUUGAGGUAUUUCAGCAGCAGAAGGGGGAAUCUCACUGCUAUCAAGCAAGAAGAGCCAGAAAUGGAGCAUGGCCUUUGGACCCUGAGAUCCCAAUGUGUUGAACCUCUUCGAUCCAGGAACAGAGAACUUUGACUCCUGAGUGGUAGCAGCAGAACCAAGGGCCAGAGGAAUGGACUUCCUAGCCCACUAAGCGAGCAACCCUGCGGCCAUUUGGAAUAGGGUGCCUCCAGGCACUUACUUUGGUAUGAUGGGUUUGCUGACCACCAGAGCUUGAGCUGGGUGUCUUCAGACGGAAGAUUAUGGCAAAGUAGCAUGUCCUUUGGGCCUUCAUCAGCAGUGCUAAGAGAGCUCUCUCUACAGCACUGCUCAGGAAGGAAAGAGGUCAACAGGCCAUGUGGUUGAGAGAUCAAGGACUGGAGAGAGGCUUGCCGGCAGGCAUGGCUAAUAAGAUGCUGUCCAGACCAAAUAACUGGGCCUUAUGUACUUUUUAGCCUGAAUGUAACCUGUUAACUUCCCUCAUAAGUCCCACAAUCGUCUUUGAGCUAUGUGUGGUCAUGAAUUAACUGUGGACCCCAACCGUGAAGUAGAGUGCUGUGCUAGGAUUGGUGUCCGAACUGGUAAGGGAGGUAGGAGGUGAAGGCUUAUCUGAUCCUGGCUUCAUAGGAAUCAGCCUUGGGGUGAUGUGGGGCUUGAUUCUCUCACCCCCUGAUGAAGUCAGAGGUCAGAUACCACCUCCAUGUUGCUUUUGACAGCAUCCAACUGUCUAGUCUCCUAAGGAGUUUAGGAUCUUUUGACAUUUAUACAUCUGCCUACCCUUGCUAUGGAAUUAUUUUUCUUCUUGUCUCCCUGCUAGUGAAAUUGCUUUUCCCAUGAGACUCUUAGGAGUCAGCCCGAUUAUGCCCUACCUAUGUGUUGGGCCGCUAAUUUCGAGGUCAGCAGUUUGAAACCACCCACCACCUGAGAGAAAGAUGGGGCUUUCUACUCCUGCAAAGAGUUAGUCUUGGAAACUCACCGGGGCAGUUCUACCCUGUCCACGAGGGUCGCCAUGAUUUGACAUCGACUUGUUCGCAGUGAGUUUUGGGGGCUUUUUAUUGUCUCAUUCUCUUAAAAUUUUUCCAAAGCAUUUUGUCACGUUGCUUUUUGGAUAUUGUACAUUAUUAUGUAAUUAUGAAGUAUCACUAGACUGAAGCUUUGAAGGCAGGAAUUGACUUUUUCUUUGUAUUUUUAGCACUAUACAUGGUUUCCUAUUUAUUUCUACAGCGAGAAGAAGCGCUCAUGCUGGACAGAGAGUAAGCUUUCUGAAAAAGAAUGUCGGGGAGCUCUACAAGGGAGAAGAAAGGAGGAACGGGGGCGUCCGGAGGGGGUGCCAGGGGAAAAGGAACCUCCAAUCACUGCAGAACCCUGCCACUUGGCGGCACUGGUCCAGCGAGCCUGUAUCAGUCACAGUCUGGUACAGAAGAGGGCACCCCACCAGGAGGCACACAUUCCUCCACUGGCCUACCAAGCCCAGUUACACACCACACCCUGGCCUGGUAGAGAGCCAAGUCUUAGGGAGGUUGCUCUCAGCAGGUGUUUCCCCAGCAACUGAUGAUGUUCAACUGUAUCUGUCUGGGAUUGGUUUAAUCAAAAGGAGAAGGGCAACUAUUGGGAGUGAGCUGACAGAGGAUGAGCUGAGGCUACCAUCGGGGGGAGGGAGUUUCAGGACGGAGGUCUGCCGGGUUGGUAGCUCCAAACCCACACGGUGGUGAAAAGAUAUGGAUCAUGACCAGCACCGGGUCGCUGCGCCGCUCCAGCUGCUGCACCUUUUGUGGCUGCUGCCCAACUCCUGGGCCAUCCAUGAUGCUCCCACUCCAGUGCGGCCGAACGACCUGCAAAACCACACCUUCCUGCACACGGUGUACUGCCAGGAUGGCAGCCCCAGCCUGGGCCUCUCGGAGGCCUAUGACGAAGACCAGCUUUUCUCCUAUGACUUUGCGCAGAACACCCGUGUGCCUCGCUUGCCUGAGUUUGCUGACUGGGCGAAGGACCAGAGAGAUGUACCCAACAUUUCUCUUGAUGCAGAGAUAUGCAAGCAAUUAAUACAGCAAAUAGGCCCACGACUGGAGGGGCAAAUCCCAGUGGCCAGAGGGUUUCCUGUCGCCGAAGUGUUCGCGCUGAAGCCCCUGGAGUACGGCCAGCCCAACACGCUGGUCUGCUUUGUCACGAACCUCUUCCCGCCCUCGUUGUCCGUGAGCUGGCAGCAUCAUUCGGUCUCCGUGGAAGGAGCCGGACCCACUUUUGUCUCCGCGACGGAUGGACUCGGUUUCCAGGCCUUUUCGUACUUAAACGUCACGCCCGAGCCCUCGGACCUUUACUCCUGCAUCGUGACCCAUGAGAUCGACAGCUACACCGCCAUUGCCUUUUGGGUGCCCCAAAAUGCUCUUCCCUCAGAUCUUCUGGAGAACGUGCUGUGUGCUGUGGCCUUUGGCCUGGGCGUGCUGGGCAUCAUUGUGGGCACGGUCCUCCUCAUCUACUUCCGGAAGCCCUGCUCGGCCGAUUGAUUCUUCCUGACAGAGCCCAACUGCUAACAACUUCGCUCAUCCAAGCAGGGGGUGCUCAGGUUCCCUGGACCCCUCUUUCCCAGAGCAGAAGUCCCCGGAACCCUGGCACAUCCCUGGGGAGGAGGAGCAGGGCGGGGAAGGAUUUCUAAGCUGGGCAACUCUGCUGACCCUGCGUCCAGCAUCGAGAAGAGCCCCGUGGCCGAUCGAUCAAGACCACGUUCCUUCCUUCAACGGCAAUAAACCCCCUUCUGAAUCCCA